AUGUCUUCACAAAAUGUUUCAGUCAAAAUAACAGAAUUCAUCAUUGGUGGUUUUGAUACAACCAGCUAUCCUGUGCUAGUUGGUGCGGUUAUACUGAUUGCCUACAUUGUGGUUGUUCUAGCAAAUGUAGUAAAUAUCCUCAUCAUUAUUCAUGAAAAGAAACUACACAGACCAAUGUAUCUUCUGAUUUGUAACCUUGCUGUUGUUGAUAUUCUGUACACAUCUAGUGUGUGUCCAACAAUGAUUGGAGUUCUACUUGUUGGUGUUAAAAACAUCUCCUAUGUGCCAUGUUUAAUUCAAAUGUUUACUUUUCAUUUAGGAGCAGUGAUGGAGGCAUUUGCUCUGUCAAUUAUGGCAUUUGAUCGAUUGAUUGCUGUUAGUUGUCCUUUUCAGUAUCACAGAUAUUUAACAAAUGUUCGUAUUGUGUCUCUUACAUAUUUUCUGUGGAUUGUUGGCAGUGGUUUAGUGGCUGUUUUUCCUGCAACUGUGAUUCCUCUCCCUCACUGCUACAAAGUGCUGAAGUACACGUUCUGUUCUUAUCCUGCUGUAGUAAGAACCACUUGUGUUGAUCCAAACUACUAUUUCAAUAUGGUUUCAAUUAUAAUAUUUUUCUUUGUAUUUUUCACCCUUGGUUUUAUUUGCCUGUCCUACAUUGGGAUCAUAGUUUUUGCUAAAUUAUCUUCCUAUAAUGACAGAAUGAAAAUGGGCAGCACUUGUUUGAGCCACUUGAUUGUUGUAAUAUGUUUUUAUAUUCCAUUAAUUGUCAUUGCUCUGUUGACCAGGUUAGGUGUAGUAUUAACUCUUGAGGCGCGUGAUGGCUUAAAUAUUGGAUCGAUGCUCAUCUCAGCCCUGGUAAAUCCUUUUGUGUACUGUCUUAGAACAAAAGAAAUAAAAAAUGAGAUUACUAUGACAUUCAAAAAAGUUCAGACAUUUCAGUAAAUGUUUGUGAUAUGUACCUUUACAAAUAUUACAAUAAUUCACUUCUGCAAAUAUUGUAUCUGAUUUUUUUAUUAAGUUUUAUGUUAAAGCGCAAACAUAUUUAGUCAUGCAUUGUCUAAGGAAGGGGUCUCCAGUCCUGGUCCUAAAGUGCUACUGUGCUGCUAGUUUUCCAGCUCUCCCUGUUGAUUACCUUGAUCAGGUGUGUCAGUUAGCUGCUGGUUGACUUAACACACCUGAUCAAGGUAAUCAGUAUUAGCCCGGGGCAGGGAGAGUUGGAAAACUUCCAUGACAGUAGCUACUGUGGCCAGGAUUGGGCCCCUGUAGUCUAAAGUAUUUAUAUAGUAGUCUCCAAGUUAAAGUCACUGAUUAUUUUAACUUUGGAAAAACAUAUUACAUAUUAAAGCACAAACACAAAUGUCAUGACAGAGAUUUUCCAGUCCUUGAUUUUGAACCGAGGGGAAAACAGAUGUUGGAUAUGCAUAGACUAAAGUAAUACUAAUAACAUUUUUAAACUAGGAUGGCUCCACUUCAUUAUCUUGAUCUAGCCUUGCAUAUAAACAGUGCAGCCUACCUGAAUUUAUUGUAUCUGUUUCUAACAAACUUUGUUAUUUGAUUAUUCAGAACAACAAUUUACUGUAAAAUCAAAAAACAUUAUAUGUACCCAUGGUACAUGUAAUGUGGUGGUUGUAAGCUGUUGCUACUCAGGAGUAACAACACAGAAGUUUCACACAAUAUGUAAGUGGUUUCUUCUGUAGUGAAUUCUGAUUUAGAACAGUUCUACGCAUUACUAUAUUGAUUUAUCAAUAAAAGCUCAUUCACAUACAGUAGAAAAAUUGACCUGAAAAUCCAUCAAACAUAAAGUCAAAGCCAGCAAAAUUAGAAUUUCUCAUUUAAACCUCUUUGCUGGGUUUUCGAACCAGCUUGGAUCAAAGUCCACUGUGAUUGGAUAAUACUGUAGUUCUGUCCAAUGGAA